AUGGCUAUCCUAAUAUCCACCUGGUGGCUCGCUGGCUGGGGGUCGUUGGAGAAGCUUCUGGAACGCUGCUGUGAGGGCAGUCACCAGGACUACAGAGUGUUUAUGAGUGCUGAGCCUGCCCCCACACCACAGGAGCACAUCAUCCCUCAGGGCAUCCUGGAGAAUGCCAUCAAGAUCACCAACGAGCCUCCCACUGGCAUGCAUGCCAACCUUCAUGCUGCUCUGGACAACUUCGACCAGGACAUAUUGGAUCAGUGCAGUAGAGAGCAGGAGUUUAAGACCAUCCUGUUCUCUCUGUGUUAUUUUCAUGCCUGUGUGGCUGAGAGGCGUAAGUUCGGUCCUCAGGGUUGGAACAGGAAAUACCCCUUUAACACUGGAGACCUCACCAUCUCUGUCAACGUGCUCUACAACUACCUGGAGGCCAACUCACAGGUGCCGUGGGAGGACUUGCGCUAUCUGUUUGGAGAGAUCAUGUAUGGAGGUCACAUCACAGACGACUGGGACAGAAGACUCUGUAGAACCUACCUGGAGGAAUAUAUGCAGCCCAACCAGUUUGACAGGAAGUUGGCUCUGGCUCCGGGCUUUGUGGUUCCCUCCAACCUGGACUACCAGGGUUACCAUGGUUACGUAGAUGAGAUGCUGCCCCACGAGAGCCCGGUGCAUUAUGGACUACACCCCAACGCAGAGAUAGAGUUUCUGACGGUGACCUCUGAUAACCUCUUCCACACACUGCUGGAGCUGCAGUCACCUGAUUCUGUGAUGGGAGAGGGGGCUUCACAGACCGUAGAGGAGAAGGUGAAGACCAUCCUAGACGAGGUGUUGGAGAAGCUUCCAGAAGAGUACAACAUGUCAGACAUCACGUCUAAGACUGCUGAGAGAUCACCAUACAUCCUGGUCUGCUUCCAGGAGUGUGAACGUAUGAACACGCUCAUCUACGAGAUACGACGCUCACUCAAGGAGCUGGACCUGGGGCUGAAGGGUGAGCUGGCUAUCUCCUCAGAGAUGGAGCAGAUCCAGUCAGCUCUGUUCUUUGAUAACGUCCCAGACACCUGGACCAAACUGGCCUACCCCUCCACUUACAGCCUGGCCCAGUGGUAUAAUGACGUGUUGCUGCGCUGUAGAGAGCUGGACAGCUGGACACAGGACCUGGCUCUGCCCACCGUCGUCUGGCUGUCUGGACUCUUUAACCCACAGUCCUUCUUAACAGCGGUGAUGCAGUCUCUGGCUCGUAAGAAUGAGUGGCCGUUAGAUAAGAUGAACCUGACUGUGGAUGUGACUAAGAAAUUUAAGGAAGAGUUCAACCAGCCUGCCAGAGAGGGAGCAUACGUAUACGGACUAUACAUGGAAGGUGCAAGAUGGGACACUCAGGGUGGGGUGAUCACUGAGGCUCGUCUGAAGGAGUUUACCCCCUCCAUGCCAGUCAUCUCAGUCCGAGCCGUACCUAACGACAGACAGGAGACGCGUAACAUCUAUGAGUGUCCCCUGUACAAGACCAAGCUGAGAGGAACCACUUAUGUCUGGACCUUCAGCCUCAAGACCAGAGAGAGACCAGCCAAGAGGGUACUGGCUGGGGUGGCACUGCUGCUCAGUGUGUGAGCUGUCAGGGUAGGAACUCUGCUUGUGAGAGAAAUGAGGUGAAGGUGGAGAAGGAUGAGGGGCCUGAUGCUCUACAAGACUGUUGGUUAAAAGGGCUUUUUGGAGGUUGGAAAGAGGCAAGGUAGUUUUUUCUUUAGUUAUUCGUAGGGUGUGUAUUUUCUGCAUUAUGUUGCUAAGUGAGAGAAAAGUUAUUUUAUGUAAAAUACGCAUGUUUUACUACAU